GACCAGUUGGGAGGUGAACGCGGCCGCUGGGAGGAGGUAGCUGAGUGAGUCAGUGUCAAGUGUGAGGGAAGUGUGUCCGUGUUGGAGGGCCUCAGUGUCGCCUGGGCCGUCUGUAUCCUGGUGGAGGGGUGUUGUGUGAGCAAACAAUAGCAAGAUGAGUAUCCAGUGGACCUUGAUUGCGGGGGUGAUGUAUGUGGAGCUGGCUGUGACUAUUUUGCUCCUUAUUCCAUUAAUCUCUCCUUCUAGAUGGCACACAAUCUUCAAGUCCCGCUUUCUUCGCAGUAUUGGAAACAUGUCACACAUUUACUUCAAAGUGUUCCUUGGACUUCUUACUCUCUUCUUCUUAGAUGCUAUUCGAGAAAUGCGCAAGUACAGCAGCGAACUCUCUGAUCACAGUCGAGGUGACCACGGCAUUCAUUUGGAUGCCGAAAUGCAAGCGCACAUGAGGCUGUUUCGAGCUCAACGCAACUUCUACAUCUCUGGAUUUUCUCUCAUUCUUUGGGUUGUGCUACAGCGUCUGACAACCCUCAUCUCGCGUCUUGCUGUAGCAUUGGCUGAGGGACAGGCAGCAAUUAAGCAGGCUCAGUCGGCUUCUGAAGCUGCAGCACAGCUCCUUAAGCAGGACAAAGCAGAGAAAGAAGAAGAUCAGCAGAAAGAAGCAAAUGUAUCAAAUGAAAUUAAGGAGCUGAAGGAAGAAAACCAGCGCCUUGAGAAGGAACGUGAUGCAGCGCUGCAACAGGCCAAAGGUAUAACACGUGAAUAUGACAGAAUGCUGGAGGAGCACUCUAAGCUUCAAGCGGAAUUGCUGAAAGUUUCAGGAGCUGAUGAAUCAAAGAAAGAUGAUUGAGAUGUCGAAUAACAAACUAAUUUAAUGGACAUAUUAAAAAUUGGUUUAUUUUCCUAUUAUUGCCAAACAAGCAAACUUGUAUCAUUAUGAAAAUCAAAAUGAAUAUAAAAAUUGCAGUAUGACUUACAGAACAUUUGGAAGGAAGAUAAUUUUUCCAUUAUUGUGUUAGUAGGAAAAGAUGCAGUGCUUUUUUCUGUUACUAUAUCGUAGUGCAAUUGUGAGUACUGUAAAUAGAUUCUUAAACUUUGAGAUGGCUCUGUUUCUCAAGAUAUCUUGGUACAGUACUUGUAUUGGAGGCAGUUUGCUUGUCUAAACAUUUCUUGGGGUGUCCUGCAUAACAUUGUCAUAACUAGCAUUUAACUAGGGUAACAGGUUUUUACAUGGUUUUCUUUGAUGCAUUGUCCAUAUAAAAUAUUUCUGCAACGUGUAUUGUUACUCGUUGAGUGACUUGUCUGAUCCAAAGGAUAUUCUGAGCGCUGCUAAUUAAAGUUCUGCACUAAUAUUCAUGCAUAAGAUUCCUUAUUUGGCAGAUGAGAUAGUUACCAAAUAUCCAAAUUUGUACAUGCUAAUUUAAAGAUGUCAACUGUAAAGCUAUCUAUGCCUAAAAUUUGCAUGUUUUGAAAAGAUUACUGUACAUGCUUUUGUGUUGGAGCUUGUUGAAGCAACAGUUAAUAUAUUAUUGAUGUGGUUUUACCACUAAACAGUACAGAGGCCACAUGAAUUGGGCACCUGCAAAAAUGUUUCUUUUUUGUAUUUGUGUAUGACAUGUAUUCCACAUAUGCAUACUGUACCUGUUCCUGUACUUACACGCAUGUUCAGAAGAAGACAUACAUUUAUAGAGUGCAGUACUAUAUGUACAGGCAUAUGCUUAAUGUUACGAACUUGCAGGCUACAAAUUUUAACUUCUAACUGGAGAUAUAUAAGGUGGAGCUAAACUAGUCCUUAAUUAUUCUUAUAGAUUAAAGCUUAAAAUGUAGGGAAUGUUGGGUACAUUCGGAAAAUAUUCAGGGAAAUUCUUAGUUAAGUAUAAAUAGUUAUAAAUGUUGAAAAUGGAUUAAAAGUUAAUCUUGCUCCAUUUUUAGAAAUUAUACAUUAAUUAGCUUGUUAUUAAAGCCAUAUGAACAAAGAAAAUUAUAUUGCAAGUGUGUGUGUAUAAAUUUGUCAUUAUUUUCAAAAAAUUUAAAAGCUUGUCUUAACAGAAUUUUAUUAGUUAUAUUUGUACUUACGUAUUACAUGGUCACAGGAGCUCAUUUUAAACAUGCUUAAGUUAUACAAGUUAAUGGAUAUAUUGUUUAAAGAGGGGCUCAAGAUAAUAUAUCUUGAAUUAUAUUAGACAUUGCUUAAAUUGAUGCUCUUUAUAUAAUUCAUUUUUUUUUUAUAAUGGAGUUUUUCAUAACCUUAAUUUUUUUCAUCCAAUCUCUCACAGGAAUUGUACACUGUGCCUCAAACCCAAAAUAUUAAAUUGUAUUUCAGUAUUGUUGCCAAAUAUAAAAUUUAUAUUUGUUCAUGUUUUUACAUGAAACAAAGAAAUGGUAGUAGGAAUAUGGUAGAAAGGGGGGAAUAACAAAUUUGCUCUAAUUUUCACUUGAUCAUAAUGUUGUGACAGUUGGCUCUGGUUGUAAGUUUACUCUGCCUUUGUUUGCAUGUUCAUUUUGCAAAAUGCAUUUCAUUGAGUGGACUUUUUGUUUUAGGUAAUUCAGGAGAGAGGAAUUGGACAGCAGCUUGAAUUGAUCAAAGCAUAAACAGUCGAUUUGUAAACAAAUUGUAAGGAAUCCGGUGGUUUUGUGCUGUUCUUGUCGUUACUUUUGUUGUGUGUGUUGCUUUACAUUAUUACACCUUACCUUAGUAAUUAUGGAUUUGUGGAGAUGUGCCUAGGCUAACAUGCUGAGUAAAAUAUAAUCAUACCCAAGGAUUAAUUCAUGUUGAUUUUUUGGUUUCUCUGUUCACUGAUGGCAGUAAUGAUCACUGCUCUUGGGUUACAAUUUGUCAUAGUAAAUUUUAAUAUUCCUUGGAUAUUUUGGGGAUUGUUUAAAAAUAAAGUCAAUAAAACUU